AAGGAGACCAGCAGAUAGAUACACAUACACCUAACGCAGCCAGAAACAAGAGAUUUGGAGUUUUUGGCCAUUCCUCAUGUUGAUCAUUGAUUCAUCUCCCUUAAUAGCAAUUUCACAAAAUCAGCAUCAUCUUUUGUCUCACUCAUCUCAAAUCCCAAAACAAAACCACUCCCAGAUUCAUAAAUAGAAACAAAAACAUCAAACUCCGUGUGGCAUAGCAUAGGUUGCGUUAUAUAUUGUACUAAUUAGCACAACACCAUGAGGAUGAAGAUUGUUGUGAUGCUAUUGCUACCUUUGAUGUUUGCACUGUUUUCAUGCACGAGUUCUGCAAAUACAACUACAUGCCCCAUGGACUUGAAUUAUGUGCUGAGAAUCCCAUGGAACACUUCUGCUUGCCACAACUUCCAACAAACUUUGGCGGCUAAAAAUGGAACCGAUGCAAACACUUGUUGCAUAUCUCUCUUGUCCCUCUUCGGCAUAGGACUUGCACAGCAUCUCAAGGAGACUUCUCAGUUCCAACUCCCAAACCUUGCCACCUCCCUUUCGUGCAUCCAAGACUUCCAAUUAAAGCUCUCUUCCCUCUCUCUCCCCAGCAACCUCGCUGACACCUGCUUUGACCCACUUCAGUUUGUGAUCUCCCCAAACAUCUGUGCUGGAAUUCAAACCAUCCCUGAUUGGACCAAAAAGCUUGGUCAGUCCACACCACUCAACACUGCUUGCAAAUCAGAUCUGACUGAUAUCUCUCUCUGUGAUGUGUGUCUGCAAGCUGGCUUACAGGCCAAGCAGGUGCUUAUUUCUAUUGAUGGUAAUGCUUCACAUUCCAUUGACUGUUUUUACUUUGCCAUUCUCUAUGCUGCUGGGGUUGUCAAUGAGUUUGGACCUGAAAGCAAUGGUGCUGUCAGUUGCAUUUUUAGCAUAUCGGUUUAUUCACAAGGGGGCUCUGGGGGAAAGGGUCACCAGGCUCUUGUGUUUGGUUUGACAGGUGCCGGGAUUGCUUUGUUGGUCAUGUCUUCCUUUUUGGGGAUUUAUGCAUGGUAUGACAGGAAGCAUAGGAGAAAAAAGCUUGAGACUUUUCAGUUUGAUUUUGACCCUGAGGAACAAGGCUCUAGGCCUAGAUUGAGACCCAAUACCGGGUCAAUUUGGUUCAAAAUUGAGGAACUUGAGAAGGCUACUGAUAACUUUUCAUCUAAGAACUUCAUUGGCCGAGGUGGGUUUGGGAUGGUCUUCAAGGGAACCUUGUCUGAUGGAACUGUGGUGGGGGUUAAAAGGAUCUUGGAAUCUGAUUUUCAAGGGGAUGCUGAGUUUUGUAAUGAGGUGGAGAUCAUUAGCAACCUCAAGCACCGGAAUCUGGUGCCCCUUAGGGGCUGUUGUGUGGCUGAGGAGAAUGAGAAUUAUGAUGAAAGGGGAAGCCAAAGGUAUCUUGUGUAUGAUUACAUGCCAAAUGGGAACCUGGAGGACCAUCUCUUUUUAUCAACGGACUCUCAGAAAGCAAAAGGGUCAUUGACUUGGCCUCAGAGGAAAAGCAUAAUCUUGGAUGUGGCAAAGGGGUUGGCCUAUUUGCACUAUGGAGUUAAACCUGCUAUUUUUCACAGAGAUAUCAAGGCCACCAAUAUACUACUUGAUGCAGAUAUGAGGGCAAGAGUUGCUGAUUUUGGACUUGCCAAACAAAGUAGGGAGGGCCAGUCUCAUCUCACAACUAGAGUGGCUGGAACUCAUGGAUAUCUAGCACCAGAAUAUGCACUCUAUGGUCAACUCACUGAGAAGAGUGAUGUGUAUAGUUUUGGUGUGGUUGCUUUGGAGAUAAUGUGUGGGAGGAAGGCUCUUGACUUGUCUUCAUCAGGAUCACCAAGGGCAUUCUUGAUCACAGAUUGGGCUUGGUCAUUGGUGAAGGCUGGGAAGAUAGAAGAGGCUCUUGAUGCUUUCCUGGUGAAGGAUGAGAACUUUCCUAGUUCAAAUCCAAAGAGCAUAAUGGAGAGGUUUUUGCUGGUGGGAAUUCUGUGCUCCCAUGUGAUGGUUGCUUUGAGGCCAACAAUUGCUGAUGCUUUGAAGAUGUUGGAAGGUGACAUUGAGGUUCCACAAAUCCCUGAUCGCCCUAUGCCACUUGGCCAUCCUUCGUUUUAUAAUAAUAAUAAUAAUGAUGGCAGUACUUUUAGCAUAUCCCCAGCAUUAAGCGGCCCCAAAUUGCAAACUGGAGACAUGCUCAGGUAAUGAAGAAUUUAUCUUAUAUUGCUUAAAAAUGUAGAAGAAAAAGUGGAAGCUAUUUCUAUUCUAAAGUUUGACAAGGAUUCAUUCAAAUCAUGUUUGGUAAGACCACUUCAUUUGAGGUUAAUAAACUGAUGAGUGUCAUGGUACAAAUAAAUUCUCAAGAUCGAAGCUAGCAAUGACUGUGGGACAGGUCUUGUUUGCCUCAACAAAUUCUAUGAAUGGCCAACCAUGAAGAAACUUAGCAAUUAGCAGGGCAUGAUUAUAACCAGCUACCAAGGAAGCUAGGGUCAUUUAAAUAGCUGAGGAUAGGUAUAUUAUAGUUAUAGGAAUUUAGGACAUAAUAGGACGAAUGUCUUGUAAAAAGAAGGUUGCAUUUUCCACUUUCAUUUGUUUUCUUCUCAAUUUUCUUGUGAAACGAAUAAAGGCUCAUGUAUAUAAAGGAAAAUGUUAAGUUGGCCGGAACCUUAAAGUGACGUUGGGUUGUAUUCUCAAUUUCUUUCUCCUGAGUGAAGUCUCCCCUGUUUUAUAUUA